AUGACUAAACUACCGCCCAGGUGACCUGAUCACACGAACAGGGGAAAGAGACUAACGAGUGCUAGGACAAAAUGAUAAACGGGCGGACGGAGGAACGUGGUCACGUUUAAAGUUUGAAGCUGAAGUGAUUGGCUUGUUAGGCGAUGUGGCUGAGUUAGCCGGGAAGCGACCGGUGCCCCGGGACAGGGGCUGGCUGCCGGUCGGCGGGCAGGGACAGCGCUUGUCUGUAAUGCUCCGUAAUGCGAAUGGAAAAGCGAAGGGGUGGGCGAGGGGUUAAAGUACGGGGGAAGGGAAAGGGUGCAAUGGUGUAGUCGAUGCGUUUUGGAGGGGGUAUAAGCAAGGUGGGCUGGAAGGCCUUUUUCGAGGGCCGCAGGUUGGUGUUCUAGUGCCGAUAACAUACGCGAUCGAUUUGGUCGAAUUCGAUAUCGACGCUGCAGAUGCGCGCAAAGCCGUUGCUUUGGACGAAGUCGACUAGAUGUAUCCAGCUAUGGAUGCUACCAACGACGCUGUGGACAGGAUCCCGGCCGGCGGGUUUGGCGAGGCCGGCGAGGGUAAUGUUAAAACCGCUCCGGCUCGAAAGGCCACCGGAGGGCAUUUGUUGGAAGGAUCGAAAGCCCGCGAAGGCCUGAAGUCGGUGAGGCGUAUCUGGGGCGAAGACAAAGUUCAAUAUUACCAGUGGGCGAAUCGAGGAGUAGGGUUUUGUAAUAAACUGUUGACGGCGGCUCGCGAGGUGAGAGACUGGGACGAAGCUGUGGUAAAGCUGAACAGGUUAAUUCACAGACGAGCCCAGCAAGUCGGACGACGCAAGGUCAAGCAAUCGGUCGACCCCAUCGAGCCGGACGACCUGGUAAAUCUGAAGGCCUGGUGCCGCAAAGAUCCAUAUGUUAAGAAAAACGACCGCGAAGGAAUCGCCCUGCCUUUCAGGAAGCUGGUCGUUGCGGAUCUGCCGGCCGGUUUCGGCUUCGACAAGUUCGGGCUUAUGGUGCGAAAGGAAAAGGAGCAAUCAGGGAGUGUUUUAAAGGGUAGUGUGUCUGUGGAGGUUAAUGUGACUGAACCGAGCCAGCCACCUCAGGGGCCGAGAAAGGAGACGGAGAGUCCACUCAACCGAUUCCAUCGCCUCGACGCGCGCAAUCGCGAGAACGUGGCGUACGCCGGAUUAAAUAUCCGGACGUCCGCUGACAUCUUCGAAGAGGGCCAAAGGCAGCAUGAAGCGGCUAGGACGGAGAGGCAGGCCCGGCGGAACACGGGACAUACGGGUGACGAACAGGUCGGGGCGGAUAAAAACCGCCAGCGGGUUAAAGCUGGAAGGCCGAGGAAAGAUCCGUCCGCAUACAAACCGGGCCGAGGCAGGGAUGCAUCCUAA